AUGGGCAGCCUCAGCCAAGGUGUGCCCGAGGCUGGAUCUCCAGUCUCUCAGGCAUGGUCAAGCGUGCGAAAGCGGCAGGACUCCCCUUUGAAGAAGCUGGGAGUCGUCACUCCAGCGAGGCAUUGCUGGACUCGCGUCCCAUUCUUCACCAAGUGGAUCAACAGCCUAUGUAUGGAUGAUCCAGGUUGGAGCCCGGUCGACGAGAAUAGCUUCUUCGAAGAACUGAAGACGGGGCUCGUGCUGUGCAAGGUGGUGGAAAGGCUGGUUCCUGGUGUAGACUUGACCACCAAGGGGAUCUACCACAAGCCAAGAACCCGUGCGACGUGCGUAGCAAACAUCGAGAAGGCACUGACUGUGGCCUGGCGAACUGGGGUCAACGCGGGAAAUAUGUGUUCGGCGGAUGACAUCUAUGACUGCAGAGUGACAGCGGUCACACGUUGCAUCUCUGAAUUAUUCGAUGCGUUGCAGAUGCGCCUGCGAGAGGUGCGAAGUCGAUCUCGUGAGAUGCUCACGUCCAUGAAUGCGCACCUUGUCCCGAUAGGUUGCGGCCUCUCUGAGCUGACCUUGAGUGAUCCAUGUCAACAUUGCGAAGCGCUCGUUUCUGACUUCGAAGACUGCACCAAAAUCAUGGCGCUCCUGGUGAGCAUGGGCAAAGCUUCUGUGGAGGACUUGCUCAGCCUCGCCCACCGAGAGCAGACGUCCAGCGCACAGGGGGCUCAACUCAAAGGAUUGCUGCACGAGAAUGGCCGAAUCUUGAGUGAACUCCUGGUGGCGAAUGGAUGUGCUUUGCUACUCGGCCCCGGGGAGUUUUCAAACCCACCGUCGCCGUUUCCAGACACCCUCCUGCUCCAGUUGCACCUCGUAAUGCGCUGUGUGAGCGGAAGCCUGUCGAGCGCGGUCGGAUUGCCCAGCCCGGCUCUUCCAAGUCCUGGCGCGGGCGCCGCGGUCUUUGGUGCCAUGGGUGCCUCAGGCCACUCGAAGGCAGAUGAGUUGCAGCUGUGGAUGCAGGUUCUGUCAAGCCACUUCACAUCGCUCGAGGAGGCCUUCUGGAGCUGGUGUGGGAACAUGUCCGGCCGGAUGUCGCAGUCCACUUUCAUGCGAGCGAUGCGAGAGCUCAACUUCCAGGGCGAUGCCAAGCUUGUGUGGGACACGCUGAACAGGGGCGUCCCAGGCUUCAUUAGCCAGGAGGAUUUUGCGAGGCCUGAGUUGGAAGCAAGCUUUGCCAAGGUCCUCCAAGCAAGCCUCGAAGGAGCGGACGGAGCGGAGCACGAGGAAGGCGAGCAAGAGAGGACGUGGGCCAUCGAUGCGGAUCCCGCCUGCAUGGAUGAGGAUGUCGGUGUGGAAGCUGCAGCCGAGGAGCUUGACUUGGGAGCGGAUGACCAGGCUCCAGAAGUCUUGGAGCAGAUAGCUUUUGUUGCGCUGCCGCUUCUGGCAGAUGAAGGAUCAGAAAUCAAUUACCUUCUGGCCCAAGCGUGCCACAUCGCUGGCGAUGAGGAGCCACGCAUGUGCAGUGCCAGCGAGGAGCGACUGCGGUUGCUCGGCGAGGACAUCCGCAGACAACAAGACCUCCAAGAGAUCGGGGCUGUGAGUGUAGCACGCCUUGUCGCAGCAGCUGGAGCAGCUGCCGCUGGAGCAGUGUCCUCUGCGGUGUCGCUUGCUGAGGCCCUGAGUGGUGACGCGCAGUCACUUCCAGAGCUUCCAGAUGUUCCAAUCUUCUCCGACUUGAUCAAGGAAAGCACGGAUUGCGGCCCAGACGAGGCCUUGGAUCCUGUCAGCCGCUUGCUUUCCGAACUGUCGGUGAGCGAGCUGCCGACCCCCACCACAAGUGUGGACACACGUGUUGUGAUGAGUGAUGGCUCCGAGCGGCAAGCCUGGCUUCAAACCAACGUGGUUGAUUCUCCCAAGGAGAGUCUUCUGGGGCAGGAUUGCGGGCCAGUCCUUGUCCUUGAAGUCUGGGUUCUGCAGGAGGGCACAAAUGCCUCACAGCUUCUGUCCCAGGUGAACUGUUCAUUCAUCGUCGAUGUGCUGCAGCACAGAAUGCUGUCAGCACCAGACCUGGCCUUCGAGGUAGUCAUCAUGCCAGGUGCUGAUCUGCUUCAAGUUGAUCCUCAAUCUUUGGCAAUUGCAAAGACUGCACGUGCCAAAGAAGGGCGACAGCGACCAAGCGAUCUGCGGGAGCGCGUCCUGCUUGAUAGUGAUGUUCGACGGCAGACAUCUAUUUUCAGCGUGCUGCCGGAGGAGUCACCAUUGCCAACGUUUGCAAAGGGGCUCACAGGACAACCGCCGCUUUCAAUGCGGUGUUCACUUGCACAAGCACCUUCAUGGAGCAGGUUGGAGGCCGUGCACUUCUUCGACGAACUGCGGAUUCUGACCCGCUUUGCCAGCCAGCCGGUUGGGUGUCUGUGGAGCGAAAACUGCGUGCGAUCCUGA